UUAUUUCAAAGCGCAUAAAGUAGUGAUUUUUGGCUGCUAGUACUGAUUCUGGAGUGUCCCUGCUGAGAAGUGUUUGCAUACUUCAGUCUUCGAACUCAUACAUAUUUCAAGAACAAGGAGUCGCGUGAAGAAAACCAGCGUGCAAACAAUGUCAGGACAAAGAUUGUCCAUCCGAGAUAAUUCUGCUGUCGGCCGUUUCCACGGUGUCUCUGCGAGCAACGGAACUGUCCCAGAGAAGCAGGCAGAGGGUCAAGAGAAGAAAAAUGAGAAUGGAUGUCGCCGUUGGUUGCGGAAGGCUUGUCCAUGUUGCUUCAGACGACAGAGCAGCUUGUACGAUUUCACCACUGAAACGGGUGGUGUGGUGGCCGGGGCAGGAGAGAACAACGCUCCUGCAUCUCCACUACCUCUCACUGCUGAUACAGAGCUGGAUGAUUUCUCUCUAAUAGUGCGUUCUGUGGAUCUGCUUAGUGGGAAGUCUGAUCGGAACAGGAAGUCACAUCACACAGACCAGUAUCACAGCGACCAGCUCAUCAUCCGCAGAGGCCAAACUUUCCAAAUAGAGCUUGAACUUUCACGACUUUUCAACCCAAACACAGAUAAACUUCACCUGGAACUGCAGACAGGGCCGCUCCCGCUGGUGUCAAAGGGCACACACAUCAUCAUUCCUUUAGUGGAGGAACUUCAGGAUGAAUGCUGGGAGGCCAAGAUUGUGGAGCAAAACAUAAACCGAGUCAAGCUGUCGAUCAACUCUCACGCCAAGGCGGUUAUCGGAAAGUACAAGCUGAUCAUCACAACGCAGAAUCUGAAGACCGGGGAGAAAAGAACACAUGACUCUGACAAAGAUAUUUACAUGCUCUUCAAUCCCUGGUGUGAAGAGGACACAGUGCAUAUGGAGGGUGAGAAAGAGUUGAAGGAGUAUGUUUUAAAUGACACUGGACGAGUCUACUAUGGCACUGAGAUGCAGAUCGGAGCUCGAACAUGGAACUUUGGCCAGUUUGACGAAGGAAUUCUGGAAGCUUGUCUGUUUGUGCUGGAUAACAGUGAGGUUCCUCCCUCAGGCAGAGGAGAUCCCAUCAGUGUGGUCCGAGUCAUUUCUGCCAUGAUAAAUUCUCCAGAUGACCGUGGUGUUCUGGAGGGAAACUGGUCAGGGAAUUAUGUGGGAGGAACUCCUCCCACAGCCUGGAGUGGUAGUGUGGAAAUCCUCAAAAAAUACCACAAGGAGGGUGGAAUGCCGGUCAAAUACGGCCAGUGCUGGGUGUUCUCUGCAAUCACCACCACAGUUCUGAGAUGUUUAGGUAUUCCUGCCCGUUCUGUCACAAAUUUCCAGUCCGCCCAUGAUACCGAUGUCUCCUUGACAACAGAUGUUUUCCUUGAUGAGAAUAUGGAUCCGAUACCUCACCUCAACUCAGACUCUGUGUGGAACUUCCAUGUUUGGAAUGAUUGCUGGAUGGCUCGUCCGGAUUUGCCUCCUGGAAUGGGUGGCUGGCAGGCUGUGGAUUCCACCCCUCAGGAAACCAGCCAUGGAACAUUCCGCUGUGGUCCAGCUUCACUGGCCGCUAUACGCUCUGGACAGGUCUAUCUCAAAUACGACGCGCCUUUUGUAUUUGCUGAGGUGAACAGUGAUAAGAUCUACUGGCAGAGGAACCUCGAUGGCACCUUCAUUCAGAUCCACAGCGAGAAGAAAGCUGUAGGACAUUGCAUCAGCACCAAAGCUGUAGGCUCUGAUCAGCGUGAAGACAUCACACACAUGUACAAAUACCCUGAAGGCUCGGAGGAGGAGCGUAUCGCCGUGGAGACUGCCUGUCGCUAUGGCAGUAGACCUGACACGUACUCUAGUCCCAUUGCUGAAGAUGUUCACGUGGAGGUGAAGAUGGAUGGAGAAGGUCCACGAAUGGGAGGAGAUGCUCAGCUGAAGAUUGUCGUGAAGAACCUGAGCUCACAGCCGCGCAGAACCACACUCCACAGUCAGGUGGCAGUCAUGUACUACACCGGUGUGUUGAAGGACACAGUGAAGAAGGACAAGCUUCUUGUUGAGCUAAUGCCAAAUGAAGAAAAGAUUAUUGAAUGGAGCCUGCCAUACGAGCAGUACCAAAACCAGCUGGUGGAUCAGGCUGCGCUCAUGCUGACCCUGUCUGGUCGGGUCAAUGAAACCCAGCAGGUUUUGGCCAAUCAGACAAGCUUUAGACUCCGGACACCUGAUCUCAACAUUGAGCCUAUUGGAGAGGCUUAUGUGGGCAAAGAGAUGUCAGCGAAGAUCACGUUCACGAAUCCUCUGCCGUGUACUCUCCGUAACGUGGUGGUGCGAGUGGAAGGACUGGGGCUGAGAGACCUCCAUCCCAUCAGAGUGGGGGAUGUGGCAAAGCAUGCUAACGUGACGGUGACUGAACACUUUAUUCCGACGAUAGCAGGCACAAGGAAGCUGGUGGCAUCUCUUGAUUGCAAGCAGCUCACGCAGGUGCAUGGCGUGGUUGACAUCAAUGUUAAAAAAAGCCAGUGAAUUUAGUUUAUCAGCACUGUUAUGAACUGUAUGUAACUUCACCGUAUUAUGUAUGUAUCAUCAUUCUGAUCCUGUUUUAUUAAGUAUUUCUCACUGUAUUAUCCAUUCUUAUGUGGUUUACACCAAGCUCAGGCUGCUGUUACUUUAAAUGUGCCAACUAAAAAAAUUGAAUUUACUUUGCUUAGUAAUGUUACUGCCUCAUUUCUGUCUUUAAACCCCAAAAAUUGGCCCCAUUCACUUCCAUAGUAAGUGCCUCACUGUAACCUCGAUUUUUGCUUUGUCUUUUUUAAAGAAAAAGACAGACAAUAUGGAAUGAAGUUUUGUGUUAAUCAAUAUUAUGCCACAAACGCUGUCAAUUAAGAUUAAUUUGUGCUGAACUCUGAAUAUUCGUAACAGAAUUAGUACUGGAGUUUUACAAAAAUUUUGCAAAUUAACACAAUUCCUCUGCACUUAAACUAUGAAGGACACUCCAUGACACAUUAUGUUUCGUGAAAGACAUGUUAUUAUAUAAUGUUUGUUUGUAUUAUUUAUCUACGUAAUUAAUAUUUUUCAUAUAAAUUUCAUUUUAUAACAUAUUUUGUCUCUAUUUAUUUUUUAAAUCUUGGGGAUUGAGCAAGGCAAGACUUGGCUGUUUGACUUUGACAGAUACAGCUGAAAAGUAGCUUAUUAUUUCAUUAUAACAAAUAAGUAACCAGUUGGCAAAUCACUUGCCGUUCAAGAUAUAAUUAAGUUACAUUACAAAUUGUUACCAAACAAAUAUAUAUAUAUAUAUAUAAAUAAUGAUGAGCCAAAACAUUAUGACCACCGGCCUAAUAUGUUGUUGGUCCUCUGUGUGCUGCCAAAAGAGCGCAGACCCGCCAAGGCAUGGACUCUACAAUACCCUUGAAGGUGAUCUUCCUGUUUCCCUUCAUGUUCAUGUGUCUUGUUUUCAUUGGUUCAUUGUUUGAUUACGUUGUUAUUAGUCUUGUCUUUUUAUUGGUUAAAGUUCAUUUAGUCUUGUUAUCUUGUUUAUAUUUUAGUCUUGUGAUUGGUUAUCCUUGUCAUGUGUUCUCACAUGUCAAGCAUUUAAGCAUUCAUGUUUUCUAUUGUCCUUCGUCAGGUAUUGUUUGUGUAACGUUUUGUAGUUUGGAGUUAUGGUUUUAUGAACAUCACAUUUGUAAAAUAAACUGCACAUGGGUUCUGCUUAAUCAUCGUCUU